AUGAAACUCCUAACCCUCAAUUUCCUCACCUGCGCCGUAAAAGCCUGCAAAUCAACCAGCGCGAGUUUUCCCCUCCAUCCCAAAGAAUGUUCACUCGUUAGUAACGAUAUCCCUUUAAAUACCGCUUUAUUAUUAAAUAUCCUCCCGCGGAUUGAUUGGAAAGCUUUGUGUAUUAUUGCUUCUGAGCUUUCUUUCCCCGAACUCCCCUCCACACCACCUACGCCUGAAGCGCUCCAGGAAGAUGAGAAAAUGAUGAAGGAAUUACAUACGCUUCUUAUGGAAACGGAAAUUGAUGAGGGGAGUUUGGUUUGUGCGAAUUGUGGUCAUGAGUAUAGGGUUAAGGAGGGGAUUGGGAAUUUUUUGUUGCCGGGUCAUUUGGUUUAG